AUGUCGUCGUCUAACCCAGAUAUGGAGACGGAACCCUCGCCCGCUGAACGACAGCGUCUUGACCGCGAACACAAGGAAAGGGAAGCAAAAGAGCAGGCCACCCUACCGUAUAAAUGGAGGCAGACCAUCGCAGACGCCGAAGUCACCAUCUCAGUUCCAGCUGAAGUACGCGGGAAGGAUCUCGACGUCGUGUUGACCAAGACGAAGAUCAAGGUCGCCUUGAAGGGCAAGGAACCCUUUAUCGAUGGCUCAUUCCCCCAUCCGAUCCUCGUCGACGAGUCCUCAUGGACCCUCGAGUCCGUCUCCAACCCGCCCGGGAAAGAAGUCUCGGUCCAUCUAGACAAAGUGAACAAGAUGGAAUGGUGGCCUCACAUCGUCACCACGGCUCCUAAGAUUGACGUCAGCAAGAUCACGCCCGAGAACUCGCAGCUGAGUGAUCUAGACGGCCAGACGAGGAGUAUGGUAGAGAAGAUGAUGUUUGACCAGCGGCAGAAGGAGAUGGGGAAGCCUACGAGCGACGAGCAGAAGAAGGCGGACAUGCUGAAGAAGUUCCAGGAGCAGCAUCCCGAGAUGGACUUUUCUAAAGCUAAGAUCGGCUAG